CAAUGCCAUCCCAUAAUAAUCGUCAAGAUGGCCGAGCCAGCUACGAGUGACUCCAGUCCAGAGACUGACCAGGACUUUGAUGUGACGGCUGAGAUGCUCGUUCACGACAUCGACGAUGAACAGACCAUUGAUGAGGAAGAGGGCAAUGAGAUCGGGGAGUGCUUCAGCAAUGAACUGGACGAUCUAGCGGAGGAAGCUGCAAUCCCAGUGGACCAGCUGUGGCGCAUGUACGCCAACCCCCCACCGCCCAUGGCCAGCGCCAGCACCCCGCCCAUCCACCAGCAAGAGGACUCGACAGAGACGGACGGCAGCACGGACGAGAUCCUGAACUCCCGCAACCUGACCCUGGACAAGGAGGAAAUCGCCCAGGACUUGCUUCCAAACCAGGGGGAGAACGUGGAGGAAGGGACGGGGGAAGAAAGCAUCGAUGACCUGCAUAGUGAUCUCUUCCCUGGCCCGGGUAGCCACGCUAGCGACAGCCCUGGUAGCUACGGCACACACAGACUACUCAGAUCUAACACGGCCACUGACGGAGAUUCUGAUUCAGGCUCAGAAGACUCGGAUUACGUCCCCCCAGAAGACUGGAAAAAGACCAUCAGCGUUGGUUCCGAUUUCCAAGCAGUUAUUCCUGAAGGGCUGAGUCACUAUGGUGAUGCUCCAGCCUAUGACAAUGAGGACAGACUACUCUGGGAUCCUAAUCAGCUCUGCGUGGAGCCCGUUGAGUCCUACCUGAGGGAGGUCCAGCGACCACCGCCCGGCACCAUGAGCGUCAAGUCGCUACCCCUGGGCAGCCAUGUCCGGGACGACGAACGGUCACUCUAUAUACUCUUACAAUGCGGACACAAUGUGGACGAGGCCCUCAGACGACAUCGUAUGCAAAUAGCGCCCCCUAUGGAUGAGAUGAGCCUAUGGUCUGAGGAGGAGUGCCGUAACUUCGAGAGCGGCCUCAGAGCGUACGGCAAGAACUUCCAUCUAAUUCAACAAAAUAAGGUUCGGACAAGAUCGGUGGGGGAAUUGGUUCAGUUCUACUAUCUGUGGAAAAAGACGGCUCGACACGACAGCUUCGCAAACCAGGCCAGGCUGACCAAGAAGAAGUAUCAUCUACAUCCGGGAAUCACGGAUUACAUGGAUCGUUUCCUGGACGAUGCGGAGAGCCUAGUGAGUCCCAUCCCAUCCCACAGUCUCCUAGACAAGCACCGGAUCAACAACAAACUCUCCCAUUCAGCAUCCAUGCUCUCCACUCUUAACGGGGCUUCCCCGGCUGAACUCCUCAGCAAUGGCUCGCCGGAAGUCGGCGGUUUGGUCAUGGGUGAUCUCCCCAAUGAGAUGUCGGCCACGGCCACAGCGACAGCCAGCCAGAGUUUGAAGCACCCCGCUGACUUCCCCGACUCCAACGGUCCGGCCAAGCAUCGGAAGUUGGAGCCGGAGUUGGACCAUCAUCACCAGCAGGUCAUGAGAAACCUGGGCAUUGUGAUUGAACCCGACCGGCAGGAAAGAGACAGCGUCUUUAUGAGGGACCAUUUGGUCCAGGUGGUCACCACCCACGCGGACCCGCGCCCGCCCCCGUCCGCGCCCCAUCCGCCAUCUCAGGUACCCCCUCUCUCGCCCGCUGUCAAACCUAUACGAGGCAACAUCACCCUGGUCCCGCCCGAGCACAGCGUUGCCUCGGACUCGGUCAUCAACGUUCGACCGCUGGUCACUAGCAAUAUGCAAGCAACCAAUCCUGUAGCCCAGUGAUGGCGGCACGGAAUUGUUAUAUACCUUCCAAAACAAACAAACAAGGCGAAACAAUUGCGGAAAUGUGUGAAAUUUGUGAGCAAGUCGCUUGAGGAGCAAGCAGUCUACGAAGUUGAUGCAACUCUUUUUCACGAUGUGUAAUUGAGAGAAUGUGCGAGAGUCGUCAACGUCUUCAGGAGUUUGUAAUCACUUAUUUAUUUAUUUUUUGCUAAGAGUAAAUAUAUAUAUAGAUAUAUAAAUAUUGCGAUUCAUGUGUGGUGUAUGAAGACGAAAUAUGUGACACCGUUUUCUGGGAAGAGGCAUUGGAAUAAUCGUAACGGAAGAAAAUCUCUUUACUUGUCCAAAACCAAAUGGUCCAAAAGAUGUCCUGUUUCUUCCUUAUUUAAUUUUCUCACGGCAGCCGUCGGUUCACAAGAAAUUGUGCUCUUGUCUACUUAAGCCGUAUUCUCAUUGGACUUUUUUUGGAUAAAACUAACAGACUCUUGUCAACUUUACAGAGACCAUUGUCAAUUAAACCAAAUUAAGUCCAGUGGGGACAACCGGUAAAUUUCCCGAAUGGUCAAGCGUUGACUGUCGAUUGUGAGCUUCGACGGUCCGCUGCAGAAAGUUUUAGAGGGCCAACUUUUGUUGUCGGUCUGUUGUUGAUCAAAGGCAUUGCAACCCAGACAGUGCUGAAUUCUCAAUUGUUAAUAUAAAUGUUUUCACAUGCCUAGGGUGGGGAUUGGGGGGGGGGGGGUUAUGAUUAAUGUCAUUGUUCAUAUAAAAUUUUCUGUGACUGAAUAUGUUUUUUUUUUCCUAGGAUUAUUUGGCAUGACAAAUUUGACACAAGAACAUUGAUAUGGUUCAGUUUUAAUUCAAACACAAUUCAAACUUAGAAAAGAAUGUAGUAUCCAGACGCCACUUCAGCGGUUGUGUACAAAGUUUAUUGAGAGUCUAGAAAAUUUUUCAAGUAUUUCCUAAUUUUUUCAAGAAUCUUUCUCAGUCCCAAUUUCAUGUCUUUUCAAUAUUUAUGCAGUGACUAACCUUUAUUGAGAUGAUAUAUCCAGAAAAAAGUGGCGUCAGGUUGCAACAUUGUUUCUCGACUGUAUCUUCUGAACAACUUAAAAAAUAUUUUACUAUCUGGACAAGAAGACAAUACAUCUUCAAGACUUGAUCCUUAAAACUCCCAUUAUGUGCUAUUUCAGUGUAGAUAGAGUGAUAAUAAGAAAUAUGAGUAUUCUUCUCAGUAUGCCUGAAAAGUGUUCAGUAGAUGUAUAAUUGGGGGGGGGGGGGUCCGUUACCAUUCCCCAUCUAAACUCACAAAUGUCGUCCACUUUUUGUUGGACUUGUCAAUAGUGUAAAUAGUUUAUAAACGACAGAUAUACAUGUGUAAAUCGAUUUAAACAACCAUAGAAAUGUUAGGUUCUUUUUUUUGUUUGGUAUUUUUUAAAAAACACGAGGAGUACGCUACCAAAGGACAGGUUUUAAAGUUAGAUUCAGACAAGGAAGUUGGGAAAAAAAUGUAUAAUUAGAAGAUGUCUGUAUGUUUAUAUGUUUGUUACUUUACUCUGUAGACAAGUAUCUGUAGUUGUAGCGUUGGCAUAUCCUUUUGUGUAUAUAUUGUCUGUCAGUGUUACGGUUUAGUCCUUUUUUAAAAAAUCCGUCAGUCAUACUGAAAUUUAAGUUGGUGAAGUAGGAAAACUCUCACCACAUUAUAUUUCAAAGCGCUUGCAGGAUUCGGAAAAGGAUGCAACUUUGACACUGUCGUCAUUUUUUUUCUUUCUUGUCUUCGAAAAUCUUGCUUUAUUCAUUUAAAUCCUCUCGUCAAGUCUUUUGAAAAUUAGUAUGUUCAGUUGAGAAUUAUACGUGUCCCAAAAACUCAAUUUUACCCAAAAACCUGUUUUAAAAGUUUCAGCGAGAGUUAAACUAGUGCCAGUAGUUAAGACUUAUUACUCCUGCAUCGAAAUUUCAUAUGACUGGUUUUUAUGGAAUGA